GCGGGACCCAUGGCCCUGCCGGCGGAGGCGGCCCGGCUGGACGGGGGCUGGCAGGAGGUCUACUCGGCGCUCCAGUGGAUCCAGUUCACCAUGGCCAUGCUCAGCGUUGUAGGUUCCAGCUCGAUUAUUGCCUACGCCGUCUUCCAAAACGCAGUGAGGUCCCCCGAGGUGCGUCCACUUUUCUACCUGAGCCUCUCUGACCUGUUUUUGGGAAUGUGCUGGCUGGCUGGGGCUCUGCUCUACAGCUCACCCACCUCCCAGCAGGACCUCAUCUGCUACAACCUGCAAGCAACAGGACAGAUAUUCUACGUGGCCUCUUUCCUCUACACUGUCAACUACACGUGGCACCUGUACAGGGACCUAAAGGUGAAGUACAACCAGAACCUCUUCAGGGUGCUCCCCCAGGCUGUAGAUUAUGCAAGUUGUGUCGGCCGAAUAGCAACGAUCUCAUCGAGCCUCAUCCCUUUCCUCCUCAUGGUGCCGGUGUUUUGCCUGGGCAACAGCAGUAAUUGCUACCAGAACUUCAGCCAGAAGCACGGCUGUCUCCUGAUGCACACGGAGAUCGCCGUGACCACCAACGAGCCGCAGACCCUGAGUGGCUCCGUCUGCCGCGCGAUGCAUUUCUACGGCAUCGGGGUCUUCCUCAUCUCCUUCCUCAUCAGCUUCGUGGCCAUUCUGGUGAUCCUCAGCCAGGCCCGAGGUCUGUACAAGAGGUUUGUGAACUCCACAGGGUUCCUGGGGGACCAGCAGUGGGCCAUGAUUAAGAUGGUGGAACAACGAGUGGUCUUUUACCCCGUUGUGUUCUUCUGCUGCUGGGCCCCAGCUGUCCUCCUUGGAAUGCUGAAGUUGACUGUUUCAACAACCAGCAAGAUCUACAUGGCCCUGCUGAUCCUGCAGGCUCUCACAGCAGCUUCCCAGGGGCUCCUGAACUGCCUGGUGUAUGGAUGGACCCAGCACGUGUUCCUGUCCCUCAAACGCGGCGCCCGCCGGGACGUGGACACCCAGACCCCCCUCCUGCGCUCCCAGAAGAAGUUCUACUCCAGCACAGCCCCCACCAGCCCCCCAGACACUGAGGGCUCCACGUCCACGCUGCUCUGAAGUGUCCUGCCAACACCUCCUCGUGUUUUAGGAAUGUCAUCCAGACCCGGGAUGGGGCUGUCGGCUCCAAACUGUCCCAGCCGUGGGGAGGGAGGAGCCUGAGCGGGUCUGUCAGAGACACUCAGUGGAGAUAGUUAUUUAUUUUACAGGUCAUGUGGACUCUAAAUGGAUUCUUUCAACAUGGUAAAUCUCUAGUCCAGACUUUCUGCUUCUGGAAAUAUCCCUAGAAAUGCAGCAGAUGGUGUGUAACAGCUCAGAGGUCUCAUCCAGCUCCAGCAGAGGAUGUUUUACUUCUCCAAGUAUUUGUUUUAUUUCUUGAAGUAUUUGCCAUUGCAAAAUAACAGUAAAGCAAAGUGAAUAUUU